AUGCUGUCACGAAAGUCUCGAAACAUUAGAGAAAUAUUAACGAAUGUUAAUAUUAAAUCAGGAAAAUCUGAACAUCGAUUCAAUUUGCAACAAUUAGAUAAUCAAUUAAAAGGAUGCGAAUAUUAUACGAAGUUGAAAUUAACUGAACCCGGAAGACAACUUAUAUAUAAAGGCACAAUGAAGAAAAGAUAUUGUGCAGGAGAAUCAUCUGAUCUUCAAGUUUUCUUGUUUGAUCAUGUUUUAUUAAUGGUGAAAAUAAAAGAAGUUGAUAAAAUAGAGCAAUAUAAAAUAUAUCGAAAGCCGAUUCCUCUAGAAUUGCUUGUUACAUCUGUAACUGAAAAUAUUCAAAAAAUUUCUAAACCGACUUCGAUUUUUCCAGCCAAAGCUCCCGCUAUCAUAAACAGUAUUCGUGAUAAGCAAUAUGCAUUGACCUUUACCUGCAUAGGGAAGAAAGGAUUUUCAGUUACAUUAUAUGCGUCUACAAUUAUAAGUCGUAAUAAAUGGAUAGAACAUAUUGAAAAGCAACAACAGUUUUUGCUUGAUCGAACUCAAGUUUUUGAGAAAACUACUUUUUUAGAUGGAAAAUAUUUCGUUGGCACAAAUAAAGUUAAUUGUGUUGCUUUUUUUGAUGAUUAUCAAAAAUUGGCACUUGGUACAGAGGAAGGUGUUUAUGUUGCAGAUAUUGGACAAAAUCCAAAACAGCCUAUUCAGGUUUUGCAUUUAGAAAAAGUAUCUCAAAUUGCGGUAAUAGAAGAGUUUCGAUUACUUUUAAUUUUGGCUGAUAAAAUAUUCUAUUGGCUUCCAGUUGAAGCUUUGGACCCUGGAGAUACAAAUAAUUCUAAUAAGAAACCGCGUAAGAUCACUUCGAAUGCAAAUUUCUUCAAAUAUGGAGUAUGCUUAGAUAAAACAUUAAUAGCAGUGGUUAGAACUUACGGUUUGGCGCAAUCAACUAUAAAGACAUUUGAACCAAUUGAACAAAGCAUCAAGAGUAAAAUAAAAGGUUCCAUAUUAAAUGAAGCUCUUAAAGCAUAUAAGGUCUUCUAUAUACCCCGUAAAUCAAUAUCAAUCCAUUUUUUGAAAAAGAGUCUAUGUGUGGGAUGUACAAAAGGAUUUGAGAUUAUAAAUAUGGAAACUCUUACAACCCAAACUCUAUUAGAUCCUGCUGAUGCUACUCUUGAUUUUGUUCAAAAGAGAGAAAAUGUCAAACCAAUUGCGUUAUUUAGAACUCCUAAUAGUCGUGGUGAUCGCUUGUUAUGUUACGAUG